UCCCGCCCACCAGAAUCAGAUGUGCCCCCCACACAGCCAGCAUAGUCACAAGUGUGUUAACCAGCGGGACAGCCAGCAGUGUUCCUCAGACAGGAUGGACCUCCUACUCCUGCUCACCUCUAUGCUCCUGUCCAGCUACUUCCAUCCAGGGAGAGUGGUGAACGCAGAGCGAUCAUUCGCAAUAAAAGACAUAACCCUGUCCAUCGAGCCAAGGCCUGAUGUGACUCGGGACACCAAUGUGACUCUGAGAUGCCAGGCCACCGUCAGCAGCUCUGGGCAGGAGGCUCUGAGUCGUGAGUACACGAUAUUCAAGGACAGCAAGACAAUCUACACCAAGACCUCCAGCACCUUGGAGGAUCUUCUUUACCCUCUGUCCGAGGCCAGAGUCUCCAACACCGGCAAAUACAUGUGCAAGAUCAACAUUUAUGGGAAACACGUGAUAAGUGAAGCCAAGAAACUCAUAGUAACAGGCCUGUCAAAGCCAGUUCUCCACAUUAACCAGGGUGUGGUCAGUGAAGGGGAUGAAGUAACAGCCAUGUGUACAGCGCCCGGCGAGACAGGCUCCAUUUUCUUCUACUUCUACAAGGACUCCAAAGAGAUUCAGGAGAAGCAGGUCAUCUCCAACCAGGCAGAGGCCAAGAUUCGCUUCAGCACCGUUGGCGUCCACAAAAUGCACUGUGCCUAUACUGUCCUUGUAACACCAGACUCCUUCAAGUCUGAGGAAAGCAACACUGUCACUAUUUCAGUCAAAGAGCUUCCCAUCGCAGCAGUUUUGGAGAUUUUCCCCAAGUCCAAGAUUUAUGAAGGAGACCAACUCGUCAUCUUGUGCACCAUCAGAAACGUUUCGCACAGCACGGAAAGUUCCAACCUCUACCUGAGCCAGGGUAACCAGCUUCUCAGCAGUGGAUACCCCAAAGUCAACCACAGCAUGAUUGCACUAGCAAAGGACCUUGGGGAGUUUGAGUGCAGAUUAGAAAUGGGAUAUAUAGUGAAAGGCGACUCAAAGGCGGUGUCAGUGACUGAGCUGUUUUCAGUGCCCACUCUGACCAUGUAUCCUGCUGAAGUAUUUCAAAAGGAAUAUAUGAGAUUAACUUGCAAAAGUGAGAGCUCUGCCUCUGAAAGACUCGGCAUAGAAGAGUUGACUUACACACUUGAUCCAUCCGAAAGCCCACUGAUCCCCAAGGGCACUGGAGUAUUUUCUGGCAAUGCCCUGCUGUAUAAUUUCAACUAUACCUGUGUAGCUCAAGCCAAGGGCAUCAUGAAACACAGCGAAACUCUGACUGUACGUCCUAAAGUUUCUGUCUCCACUCCAAAGAUCUCGGUGGUUGGCAGGGCAGUUCUAGGAAAGCCCUUCAAGAUCCUCUGUCACUCGGACAAUGGCAGCCUGCCGAUAAACUACACUCUGCUGAGGGGGUACGAACAACUGAGCACAACCAUUGUCAAGCAACGCUUUCAACAAGCUCUCUUCACAGUCGCCAUCACCAAGCCUGAUGAAAUAAGCAAGUACAUGUGCGAGGCAAAGAAUAGUCGCAAGGAAGGCCAACUCAGCAAAAGACUCAACGCUACAGUCAUAGUCCCUCUGACGUACCCCACUCUGACCGUCAUUCCCCACCUACCAGAAAUCUCUGAGGGGGAUGAUCUCUACCUCAUAUGUGGUGUUAAUGGCACUCCGCCGGUCACCUUUAAGUGGUACCGUGUUGGCAAUGAACAGCCGCUGCAUACCGACACCCUCUACAAGAACAACUCAAACUACGAGGUCUCCGGGUUGUCCAAAGAGCACAGCGGCAUGUACUACUGCGAGGCUGUCAACCACGCCAACAAUGUCGUCCGCAGUGACACAGUCACCAUAGAGGUGCGCCUGGCGUUGUGGAAGAAAGUGCUGAUCGGGGGCUUCUGUCUGCUGGCGGUGUCUGUGUUGGUGGUGGUGUCUGUGCUGUGCUUCAAAUCUAAGAUAGGUAAAAGAGAAGCAGCUGCUGAAUUGUCAGUAAAGCCUUCGAGCCCUAAAUCAGAUGACUCUUUAACAGUGAAUCUAACCCACGACACAGAGGUUUAUAACGCAGCCACAGACGCAGCGCCACUCUAUGAUGGCACGGAGGGGAGAGUGACCAAUGGGGCACGAGAUAGCGUGGCGUCGCUUCCCGUUGACAUCAGCAACAGGAGCAGCUAUAGUAUCCCAGCCACAGUGUAGAGAUGCCCCACAAUGGGCCGGACUUCAAUUUUAUUUAAAAAAUGUUAUCUUUCAAAUAAAACAGAAGUUCUAAGAAAAGACUUUGAAAGCAAUAAUGGGAAGGAACACAAAAGGCUGUAAACCUGUUUGUGAUGUCAAGUGUUGUAAGAUUUGGACACUUUCUUCACUGAAGUUUUCUCAGUGAAAAGGAGGGGCGUGUUAUGAAACAAUAUAGACCAGGACCCGCUGCUCCCUCUCCCCUCCUCCUGCAAUCUAGAUGGCCUUCGAUUUUAUACUUAACAUUACUGUCUUUGUCUUUUGUUUUUUCAUCUCCAUGUCAGUGUGAUUUCAUGUCCUUUAUUGUUGCAACUCCUCUAUUUGCCUAUUGUGCAUGUUUAAAUGGUCUUGAUGACAGAUUGAUUUGUAUAUACAUUUUAUCACCAUCGCAGGAAAUGUGUGUGUAUAUUUUUGGUUGAUCUCUUGACCGCAUGGUGGGAAGAGACACUUGUAGAAUAAAGACGUUGGU